CCCGAGCUCGCUUGAGUCGUCCGUCUGGCGAUCUGCGGGCGGCCCAUCCCUUCCUCCCUGUUUCUCCUCUGCGCCAAUGGGCACGCCAUCUUGAUCGCCUUCGGAGACGUAGCUAAGGUUUCAUACCAGCAGCUUGUCCUAUCGGUCCACUCGACGUGCUCAACCUCUUCCCGAUGACCGAGUGUGCUGUCAAAUCUGUCACUCCGGCCUGCACCACAGAAACCUGGCCAACCUUGCUGGGAAACGGCUCGCAGCCACAGGGAGCGAGCGAUGCCUUCACCGCUUCAUUGUGCCACACGGCCCCACGUUUGGAGGUUUGCCGGACUGCUUUUCGGCCUUCGAGCACCACUGCUGCACGCAUAUGGCCUCGCCCUGGCCUGUCAUCUGCGAACUGUCGUGUCCAGGCACCCCCCGAUUUCCAGAGGCUGGCCCCCUCUGCAUCAGAUCUGUGAUCGGCCUUGGGCGCAUGCAAAUACUUGGUAUGUGACUCUGAGCUGCCCACCACAUCGGCAAGGUGCACCGCAGAGCGGUUCAACGCUCAAGCCUUUUGGCGUUUCGGCAAUGGCGCAAGAAAGGGUGGCGAGGGUGGCUCCAGGUGUCCAGGUGUCCAGGUGCCCACUGCCCAGAGAUGCCCAGAGAUGCCCCUCUCUCUGUCCGCAGGCUCUCACCGUCCGAUUCGCCCGCUGGACAAUGGUCUUGAAGGAAGCCGACUAGGGCCCCCCAGCGAAACAUCCACAUGGCUGCGGUUUGCCCUGAGUUCUGACACCGACGACCAGGGGCAAAGAUGGGCAGGGGGGUCGACCUCCACCUCCACCACUGCACCCUCCACACCUUCUUGCUCCUAGUUUCCCAUUGCUGC